GCCAUUUUCAAUUGAUUGUAACUAGAUAGGGAAACUAGUCGGGCGAAAACCUCUUUUAUUCUCUUCUUAACUUUUCGAGCCGCAUGAAUCGUUUACAUGAUUCAGAUUCCUAGGUCGCGCUGUGAGUGUUUGCAUAAUGCGCGUAAUAGGAAGUCAAAGUCUUGCCCUGACAUUGCUUAUCGUUUGGUUUCUUUUUCUUAUGCAAACUUUCUGUUAAGUAAUCCCCACAAACCUAGUGUGUAAACUUGUGUAUUUCUGGUGUUUCAUGGAUGGUUUUAUGAAAGAGAGCCUAUUAAAAUGGAUUUCACUAAUAACUGAGAGGAAUGUUAGCAUCAUAGAUGGCGAAAUCCUCAACAAUCUAAUAGACCUUUCAGGUGCUUGUUCAGCAGUUACUACCUCGGAAUGUUUCAAGGAUCGAAUUGGUUCAUUUUUGGAUGCAACUUUUCAUCCUGGAGUUUCUAAUUUAUUUGACAUCGAAGGGGUGAUUUCUGGAAAGGCUAACGAUGUGGAAUUGUUCGGGUUAUGCCUAACCGUUUUGUUGGGAUGUCUUCAAUGUCCCUCCAAACAGUUAUUCAUGGAUCCUGCUUUGGAUUUGAGUUUGGAUAUGCAAACUGCCAUAUUUCAUUUGAUUCAAGUGCCUAUGACCCAGUUGUCCCUCCAUCAUGAGUUCACUCGGGAUCUAGUCACAAGCAGAAUUCUCGAUUCAUCACAUCUUAUUCACACUGAUAACUUGCCAACUCUUCAUCAAACCAUUACUUGUAAAAUAGAAGAAGAAGUCUCAGAACCAUCAUCUAGGCCACUAUCUUCAACAGACACGUGUAACGGACAAAAAGUGAUUUGUAAUGACAAUAGAAAUUAUGGUCUUUCGGUGAACACAUUGGGAUUUGAAUUCACUCGCCCUAAUUCGCCUACAGAAUAUGCUAAUGGACAUACAAACAAACUAAAAAAUGGUCUUGAUCACAGACCCAGUAAUCUUUCAUUGUGUAACACUCCUGAUCGAAGUCUGUGUAUUGCAUCCAGAUUGAAUUUAACCGAUAAUUCGGAACAUAAUGCGAAUCAUACUCAUCAUGUGCCUCCACCUCUAGCCUCGCCUCUCACAUCCCUAAAGUUUCUCUUGGAUUCUCCAUCAUUGACACACAAGACACAAUUUCGGGAAUCAGAACGUGAAAAGCGUCGUUUAGCAGUGGAACUUGAAAAGGAACGAAUUUGUAGAGAUGAGGCGGAGAGUUUAGUUUCUGGAUUACGAAAACAGCUUGAAGAAGCCACUGUUCGAGCAACUGAAUCGGAAUCACGGGCUCUCCGUUUAUCUCGUGAACUAACAGCCCUUCAUGAUCAAGGAGAUGAAUUAGCACACUGUCGUAAUGAAUUGGCUUUGCGAGAGGAAGAAAUUAAGAAUUUGAAACUACGGGUUAUGGGCUUUCAAGACUUAAUGGCUCAUACACGAAAGUUGGAAAUGGAAAAAAUUGAUUUACAGCAAGAAUGUGAAGAUCUUCGUCUGAAAGUAGAUCAACAGCUUUCUCAAUUAAGAGAGUUCAAGGAAAGACGUAUUAAAUGUAGUGAAAUUGAAGAACUCAAGUCAAAAUUACGUGAUGUUGAAGCUCAAUUGUUGCAACAGCUACGUGAACGUGAAAUGAUCGAAAAGGAUAUAAGACAACAACAUGAAAUGUCAACACAGCUUAAACUUCAAUAUUCCAUAAAAAAGCUUCAACCCAAUACUAAAUCAUUAGAUAUUCAUCAAUCUAAGUGUAAUAUAGAAGAAAUUGAAUGUAGUGAACAAGAAAAUAAAGUUGUUGAUCAGCAUUCUAUUUUGAAUAAUUCAUGUCAAGAUUUGUCUAUUUUGAAACCUGGUGAAAAUUUGGGAACAGUAUUAGAGGAUGAUUUGAAAUCUGCCCGUUUAUUCAUAUCGAAACUACAAUCACAAUUCGACGAAGAACUUGGUUCAGCUAGACAACUGCUUGAGGAAAAAACUAAGCGUUUAUAUGAGCUUGAACAAAUUAUCAGUAAUAGGCUAUCAAUAACUGAGACUAUUGAUGUCACUACUCAAACUGAAAUGUCUUGUACAACAAGAACGACAACAACUAGUCCUAAUGAAUUAUUAUCUCCGGAAUUAUUGCCCGCCUUAACGGUUGAUGCGUAUAAUGCUGCGGCAGCAGCAGAUCGAAGAGGUCUUUCGAACGAAUUAGUUCGUUUACAUGAAGAAAUAGCUCAAUCAAAAAGUUAUGCUUGUGAAUUGGAACAACGGUUGACUGAAAUGGAAGGUGAAUUACACUGUACAAAAGAUAAAUUAAUCUACCAAACUACUUUAAGUAAUAGAAAUCAAGAAAAUUGGAUUAUGAUAGAACAAGAAUAUCGUGAAUUACAGCGUCAGCAUAGAAUAUUACAAAACAAUUUAUUGUUAAGUGAAGAAGAACGUUCUCGUGGCGGCGAAAUGAUGAUUGCAGAAAAUAAUGCUGAAUUUGAAGCAGCACGUGCGAAUUAUGAGAAAGAAAUUGGCUUAUUGAAUCAACAAUUAUUAGAGACAACAUUUGAAUGUCGUCGUCUGGAAGCAGAACGUGCUCGUGUAGCUGAACGUAAUUCUGAUUUACAACGUGAACUAGAAACGACUAGAAUUUUGGUAGAUUCAUUAAAACAAAAUUCGGAAUGCAAACCAGUUGAAUAUUCAAAUCAUAUUAGAAAAAGUGCACCGAUUAUCUCAUCAAAUCUACGUUUACCCUCUUCAAUGCCCAAUGGUGAUAAUAAUAAUGGUAUUUGUAAUAGUAAUGGCUUGUAUUCAAAAGGAUAUAAAGCCAAUCAAAGAUGUCUUAGCGAUUCACUUGAAGAUUGGGAGGAUAGCGAUCAUGAUCACGUUGAUCUUAAUGUUUCACCAUCACAUCAAAUUCGAUCAUCAAUAUAUCCACAUGAAGUUAAGAGUAAAUUAAAUCAUCACUAUAAUCGUGAUUAUUCGUGCAUUGUAAAUAGUCGCUUAAACGAUGAGUCCCGUAAGCCAGAAUAUAAUUAUCCUAAUAAUGAAGAGUCAAGAUAUUUAAAGAGUAAAAAACGUCAUUCAAAAUUACGUACAGAUUCAAAACAGUUAGAUCGACUUGCUUCUAAAACACAAGAAUUGGAGGAGUUUGCUAUUCGAUUGCGUGAACAAUUUAACGAGAUCUUAUCAGAGGAAGAGGAGAAUUCUGAACAUCAAUCCUCCACACAAGUUAAUUCUUCAUCUGUAAACGUAUAUCCUUAUCUCACGGAUGUUCAUAACAAUCAACAUGCUUUGAAAAAUAAUCCAUUAGUGAUACCAAAGAAUCAAUAUCAGUUAAAUGGUUUUAAUUACGAGCUUGUUGAUGAAGAUGGUGAUGAUGUUGAACAAAGGGAACAAGAUACCGAUGCUGAUUCCCCAGCUUACACAGAUUUAAGUCAAGUUUCUCCGGUAUCUCAACCUGUUGAUUCAGAUCCUAAUCGAUUAAAAGAAUUACAUCUACGUAAUCGAUUACAACCUUCACAUUUACGAUCAAGUUAUCCAGUUGAAACUCAGGUGAUCAAUUCAAAUGAUAUAGUUGGCACUUUGAGCCAAAUGACUACCGAUAACGUGAAUCAAUCACCUAAUCGAAUCAAAGCGAGUGGUCGAAAAAUGCAUCGUAAUAAUUGUCACAAUAAAGAACCUCCUGUAAACAAUGUUGGUAGCAAUCCCACUUCUAGAACUGUUCCCUCUUCAUUAUCAAAUGACCACCAAAAGAAUUUGCAUAUCAAAUCUAGGCAAGAUAAUAAUUUUGAACUAGAAUCAACUCCUUCACCAUUAGCCGCCGGUUAUCAACCCCUUCCUAAAGAUAUACAAUCGUUUAGUGAAGCACUUAUCUCUGCAUCCGUGGACAGUAAAGCUUUGGAUUAUGUAUUAACUACACAUCCUAAUCUUAUCAAGUCUGCCAAUACUAAUAACGAUAACAAUAAUAAUAACAGUAAUGGCUGUAAAUCAUCACACUCGUUGUCUUCCAGUAUCCAGAAUGUAAAUAUCCCAACUUCGGAUCGAAAACCUGGAUUCUGUAAUAGUGUUCCUGAUACAUUUGCAAAACAUCACAAAAAUCGUUCAAGAUAUAACGUGCAUGAACUAAAAAUCGACAAUGGUACUGGCGGUGGUUUAUCCUCUGAUAAUGAAAAUAUGAAUCCUCCUUUAUUAAAUAUUGCCUGCCGCAGAUUCACUGACGCAGAUCUGUUCGUUAAACCAUUAGAUCCUGUUCGUGUUCAUCGUCAUAAAAGUAAAAAAUUCGAUACAUAUUCUACUCCACGUACUAAUGGUAUUUCACCAACUAGUUCUGUACAAAGUGUUGAUGAUCUUAGUGGUGCGUCAAGUAUUCGAAGUAGUAAGAGUUCAAUCGCUUUUGAAAUUAAAAAUGAUCAAAAAGUGAAUGUACGACGUUUACCAGCUCCAACUUCACAAUUAUCCUCUCAAUAUCAUAAUAACAAUAAUGAUAACAUGAAAUCACGAAAAUUAGAACAAUCAACUAGGAAAUUAAAUAAUUUCAAUUGUAAAUCUGCAUUUUCUUCAUCUAAAUUAACUACAUCAAUCAAUAAUACAUCAACUCCAUUAAUUCCUCAAUAAUUUCUUAUUAUUAAUUAUGUACAUUGAUAUUUCAUAUAUUUUUUUGGGAUCUGAAUUGUUCACAUUGAACCGCGAAACAUAAACUGGACAAGUAUCGUCAUCAACUUCAUCUAAGAAGCUAGUAAUUUUCUCUUUCAAUUUCCUCAUUGGAAUGCAUUCCAGUGAAUAGUCUUACAUAACUCACACACACAUCACACUAUUUUAUUGUUCCUAUCUUUACUAAACCUUGAUGGUACUUACUACAAUCGACAAUCUUGCUGAUUUACUUUUCUUUUUUUCAGGUUUUUUGUAUAUUCGAUUUCGCGCGUGUGUGUGUGUGUCUGUAUUUACCUAUUUUUGCGUCUUUAUUCAAUUGGUGUCGAAUACUGUUGAAUUUCUCAUUUUGCCUUCUUUAUCACCAUUAUCAUCAUUAUCACUCUCAUUCACAUCUCUCUGUGUAAUACUUUUAUUAGUUUAUUUUUUUAUAGAAUUUUUAAGGUGUACACAAAGAAAGUGUGUGUUGGGGGGGAGACCAAGAAAAAGAAACUUAUUAGCUGAUCCCGGUUCUUCAUAUUUUUGUUUCCCUUUUUUUUCUAAAAAAAACUAAAAAUACUAUUUUAUUCUACUAUUCAAAGUUGUAUAUUUUGUUGAAUAAUGAAGAAAAAAACAACCAAAAAAUGAUUUAAAGAAAAAUAUAGUUUUUACAAUAAAAUGAUGUGAUUUUCUUUCAUUCAGCUGUCCAACAACAGCCAGUCAGUCAGUAACAGCGUACAACUUUGUAAGUACGUACGUAUGUACAUCA